AUCGUGGUUCUCCGACAAAACAAAAAGCCCGCCCUUUGGUUCCGGCUUACUAGGGUUUCAAACCCACUGUUUCACCAAAACCCUCGGAGCCUUCUUUUUAUUUUCUCUUCUCUUCCCCGUCUCCCUUCUUCUAGGCAGGGUCUCCGACAAGUUGAAUCCCCUCCUCGGAGAUCUUGGUCGAAGAGGAAAAGAUGGUCUCACCGCACGACCUCCGGUCGACGUUUGAGGCGGCUCUUCUUGGUCCAUCUCCUCCCACCCCAUCCCAGCGAAUCGAACUCUUGCACGCCGUCCGCUGCUCCGUCCCACUCUUCAAGUCCUUCCUCUCCUACCCCGGUCCCAAGGCGUCAGACCGGACUGAGGUCGAAUCCAAAGAAGUGAGAAUUCCGGGAUCAUCUCCAAUCUUACUCGACGACACUGACGUGCAGAUUGCGUUGAAAUUGAGUGAUGAUCUGAAUCUUAAUGAAAUCGAGUGUGUUCGUUUGCUUGUUGCUGCAAAUUCAAAGUGGGUUUUAUUUGGACGAGAACCAUUGGAGAUACUUCGUCUUACAGCAGGCCUCUGGUAUAUGGAGAGAAGGGAUCUUAUAGCCUCUUUGCAUGCCCUCUUACGGACCGUCAUAGUUGACGAAUGGCUUGAUGCUGAUCUUAUAUCUGACAUUCACAAGCAUCUGGAAGAUAUAUUUAGUUCUGGCCUUGGACAACGCCUUAUUUUCCUCAUCAAGGAACUAAAUCGUGAAGAAUCUGCUGGUCUGGGGGGCCCUAGUGCUGAAAAAUAUGUGCUUGACUUUAGAGGUGCUAUCAUUGAACGACGAGCAGUUGUUGCUGGAGAAAGGCUGAGUUUGAGCCAUUGCCUUGUGCUAUCAAUACUUAUUCUACAAAUGACACCAAAGGAUGUAAAAGAUGUGUUUUCGAUUUUGAAGGAUUGCUGUGCUGAAGCUAAUAGUAGCACUACACAUCUUCAGAUUAUAUUCAGUCUUCUUUUUACUCUUAUUAUUAGCCUUAUCACAGAUGCACUCAACACAGCUCCUGAGAAACCCUCCAAGUUGUUCAACGACUCAUCAUUUGGACAUGAAUUUCAUGAUCUGAUAAUGGCUCCUAUUAAUGAUCCAAAUGUUGAGGGUUUCAUAGACUGUGUUAGAUUUGGAUGGAUGAUACAUGUGAUGAUAGUUCAAGAAAGAAGUAACUCAAGAGCCACUUCGGGUGCAUUACCUAUUGAUUUGGCUGAUUUUCACUCCUGCUUGGAGCAUGUUUGUUCCCACAAUGUUUUCCGAUUUUUUCUUUCUGGAGUUCUCCAAACAGCUGCAUACCAGAACCAGGAUGAGCAUAUAAUCUACAUGUACAAUGGUUAUCUGCAUAAGUUGAUGAUGUGCUUUCUUUCAUAUCCUCUUUCUAGGGACAAGGUGAAAGAUAUGAAGGAUAAAGCUAUGAGUGCCAUUAGCCCAUAUCUCUUGUCUGGAGAUAGAACUCUUAGCAGUAAGCAAGUUUCGGAUAUUGGUUAUGAGUCAUUUGUAUCACUUUUAGAAUUCAUCAGUGAAAUUUAUCAGAAAGAACCAGAGCUUUUAUAUGGAAAUGAAGAGCUGUGGGCAUUUAUACACUUUGCUGGGGAGGAUCAUACUAAUAUACACACUCUUGUAGCAUUUUUGAAGCUCCUCGGUACUUUGGCUUCCACAGAGGAAGGCGCUUCAAAAGUAUAUGAGCUCCUGCAUGGUAAAAUCUUCCGGUCAAUUGGAUGGAGUACUUUGUUCGAUUGCUUGUCUAUAUAUGAUGGUAUGUUCAAACAAGCUCUACAAACCUCUGGAAAUCUGCUUCCUGAUAUCCAGGAAGGUGAUGCACAAGCCCUUGUUGGAUAUCUAAAUGUUCUACAGAAGGUGGUUGAAAAUGGGAAUCCUUCUGAAAGGAGGAGAUGGUUUCAAGACAUUGAACCCUUAUUCAAGCUCCUUGGUUAUGAGAAUGUGCCACCAUAUUUAAAGAGUGCUCUGCGAAAUGCUAUUGCAUCUUUCAUCAAAGUCUCUCCUGCCUUAAAGGAUACCAUCUGGAAUUACCUUGAACAAUAUGACCUACCUGUUGCUGUUGCUCCUUUUAGUCCUAUUGGACAGCACGCACCUUCACAGAUUUAUGACAUGCAAUUUGAGCUAAAUGAAGUUGAAGCAAGGAGGGAGCGGUAUCCAUCAACUAUAUCAUUUCUGAACUUGUUAAAUACUCUUAUCGCACAAGAGAAAGAUGAAAGCGAUCGAGGGCGAAGAUUUGUUGGUAUCUUUAGAUUUGUAUAUGAUCAUGUUUUUGGGCCUUUUCCUCAGAGGGCAUAUGCUGACCCUUAUGAGAAAUGGCAACUAGUCCUUUCUUGCCUUCAGCACUUCCAAAUGGUUCUGAAAAUGUAUAAUAUAAACAAAGAGGAGUCUGGAAAAGCUAAUAACAUGUCAUUGUCACCAGGCGUGGCAGAUACAUCUACAAUUGACAGCCAGAUCCCUGCAUUAGAACUUCUAAAAGACUUCAUGAGUGGUAAAACUGCUUUCUGUAACAUCAUGAGCAUCAUUUCGCUGGGUGCUGACAUCAUCAUCUCUGAGAGGACUAGUCAAUCAUAUGGUCAGCUAUUAGAGGAAGCUGUAAAACUCUCUCUUGAAAUCCUUGUCCUUGUUAUGGACAGAGAUAUAUUUCUUGCUGAUUUCUGGCGCCCUUUGUAUCAGCCUUUGGAUGUCAUUCUAUCUCAAAACCCUAACUGGAUUUUCUCACUUCUGGAGUACAUCCGAUAUGAUUUUUCUCCUCAAAUUCAACAAAAUUCUAUAAAAAUCAUGAGUAUACUCAGUUCUAGAAUGAUUGGCCUCGUACAGUUACUGUUAAAAUCAAAUGCUGCUAAAUGUCUUGUUGAGGAUUAUGCAGCUUGUUUGGAAUCACGCUUCGAAGAGUGCGAGAGCAUUGAGAAUGCUAAAGAUGAUCUUGGUGUUCUUAUUCUGCAGCUUCUUAUUGAUAACAUAAAUCGCCCAGCCCCAAAUGUUGCACAUUUGCUUCUUAGGUUUGAUAUAGAUAGUCCUGUUGAGCAUAGUAUCUUGCAGCCAAAAGUUCAUUACAGCUGUUUGAAGGUUAUGCUUGAUAAUCUGGAAAAACUUUCGAGGCCAGAUAUUAACACUUUACUGCAUGAAUUUGGUUUUCAGCUUCUCUAUGAGUUGUGCAUGGAUCCCCUAACAAGUGGUCCAACAAUGUAUCUUUUGAGUACCAAGAAAUACCUUUUCUUCUCGAAGCAUUUGGAUACAAUUUGUACAAACCCACUGCCCAAAAGAAGUCAUAAUCAAUCUCUUAGAGUGAGCAUGCUUCAUGAGAGGGCAUGGCUGAUAAAGCUGUUAGCAUUGGAAUUACAUACAGCCGAUAUGGGUGAAUCAACACACCGAGAAGCAUGCCUUUCUAUUUUGUCUUUAUGUUUUACUCAGAUUGCUGGUGGUAAUUACCAGAGUCCAGAAUUAUCAAGAACUUCUGAGUUUGAUGCCAGCAAUUUUGCACAAAGAACCACAAAGAAGAAAAAGGUGUUGGAACUACUCGAUGUUGUGCAGUUUCGAACUCCUGAUAUAGGUUUACAAUGUCCUCAACUCCUUCCAGCUUUUAAAUUUGAUGCACAGGUUAAUGAUAUCCUAAAAAGUUCUUCAACCUCUGAAAAAGGUGGUGUUUAUUAUUACUCAGAAAGAGGAGAUCGAUUGCUUGACUUGGAUGCACUGCAUGAGAAACUUUGGCAGUUAUGUUCCCAGGGAAGUUAUACUAUUAAUGAUGCAGAGAAGACUGAGCUAAGAGCAUCAAUUCAACAGUUUCUUAGAUGGGCCUGGAGGUAUAACAAGAAUCUUGAAGAACAAGCAGCCCAGCUUCAUAUGUUGUCGGGGUGGUCUCAGAUUGUAGAGGUUUCUAUUUCUAAAAGAAUGCUCCUUCUGGAAGACCGGUCUCAGAUAUUGUUUGAGUUGCUUGGUGCUUCAUUGAGUGCAUCAGCAUCUCCUGAUUGCACUUUAAGAAUGGCAUAUGUAUUAAGCAAUGUUGCGCUUACUUGUAUGGCUAAAUUAAGAGAUGAACGAUUCUUAUGUCCUGGAGGUGUCGAUUCUGAUAGUGUCACGUGCCUUGAUAUCAUAUCAGUAAAGCAAUUGUCCAAUGGUGCUUGCCACUCUAUACUUUAUAAGCUUAUGAUGGCUAUUCUAAGAAAUGAAUCAUCUGAAACUUUGAGGCGGCGGCAAUAUGCAUUACUACUUGGUUAUUUUCAGUACUGCCGUAGCAUACUUAACCCAGAUGUUCCUGCAUCCAUCUUGAGAUAUUUACUUAGCACAGAGCAUGAUGAUGAUGAUGAACUAAAUCUUCAAAAGAUUGGCAAGGAGCAGGCUGAACUGGAGGGUGCCAACUUUUCCAUAAUAAAGAAGGAAGCUCAAGCAAUCAUUAAUCUGGUAACAAAGGAUGCCAUGCAAGGAAGUGAAGUUGGAAAGCCUGUGUCUUGUUAUGUCCUUGAUGCAUUUCUUAGUAUUGACCGUGAUAAAUUUUUCCUAAAUCAACUUCAAAGUAGAGGAAUCUUGCGGUCAUGUCUAACGGAAAUAAACAACUUCUCUUGCAAGCCUGUACAGGAUGCUUUGUGCUCAUUGGAAUCACAACAGAGAUUGUGCACCCUGGAGGCUCAACUUUCUUUGUUGUUGAGAGUCAGUGAUAAUUAUGGGAAGCAUGGUGCUCAAAUCCUUUUGUCUAUGGGUGCCUUAGAUCAACUUGGUUCGUCAAAGGCUGUGUUAUUGCAGAGCCAGGGAACCUCAAGAUGGUAUGGCACUCCUUCUGCAAGAGAUAGACUUGGAGAGGCUGAUAAGAAGAGAUUGCUUGUAAUUCCAGUUCUUAGAUUGGUUUCUAGUUUGACAUCACUUGUUGAGUCAUCAGAGUACUUGGAGGUUAAAAAUAAAAUUGUACGUGAAGUCUUAGAUUUUGUCAAGGGACACCAAUCAACUUUCAAUCAAAUUCUGAAGGAAGAUAUCUCAGAUGCUGAUGAGCUGACUUUGGAGCGGAGUAACCUUGUUGUCUCUAUUCUCAGCAAGGUAUGGCCAUAUGAAGAAAAUGAUGAAUAUGGUUUUGUUCAAGAACUUUUCUCCAUGAUGCACAUUCUUUUUAGAUUUGAGUUUGCAUCUUCCAAUUUUGCCAAAUCAUCUGAUGCGCUUGAGAAUCAAAAAUCAGAGUUUCUUACUUUUCAUCUGUGCUUUAGCUUGAGUUCAUAUCUGUAUUCGCUGUUGAAGAGGAAACUAAUCAGGUUGCAGACUAUGGAUUCUUCUGGGGAUCGUGCUGAAUCUGGUGCGCAUCAGCAUCCAACAUUGUAUAUGCUAUUGGGUCUUCUCAAUUCUGUUACAACUACUCUCGAGAGAUCUGGUGAAGAAAAGUUCUUGUUGCUUAACAAGAUUCAGGAUAUUAACGAACUAUCAAGGCUGGAGGUUGAUGAAGUAAUCACCCUAUGCAUGAAACAGGGUUAUGUUUCUUCUUCUGAUAAUAUAAGGAAAAGGAGAUACAUUGCAAUGAUAGAGAUGUGUCGCAUGGCUGGAAAUAGGGACCAGCUUAUCACACUUUUGCUUCAACUUGCUGAACUAAUCCUCAACAUCUUGCUUUUUAGCCUUCAGGAUGAGAUAAGUGAUUUGCAGUCAUCGUUUAGUGACAACAUGCAUCCAAUUUUAGAUAGGAUCGAGCAACUGAAAGAGGACAAAAUAGGGCACAGCUUGAAGUUUUUACAGAGAACUGCCAGCAUUCUCAAGGAUAUUCUUAUCAGGAGCAUAGCAAUCUGAAUUAAUCAUGACUUAUAUUACCUUUCAGGUUAUAUGCUCUGUCAACAUUGCUAGUCAGCACGGAGAUUCUAGUGUAUGGUCUAUGAGUCUCUUAUGCGAUGGCUUUGAUCGCUUGCUGGCAAAUUUCAUGGGAUAGCUUGAGCGUCGAUGCACUGGGACAAUGUGAACAGCUUCAUGAUUUUCUUGAAGUCGAAUAGCGCAUGCAUGGUGUACAUUUCAGAAGGAUUGUUGAGUUGAGUUGUGCUACGGAAAACUGCCUAUAGAAGAAGAGUAUCUCUUUGCUGCAGUCGAGAAAGUGUAUAGUAGAGCUGGAUUUUGAAUGAUUUUUCAACUAGGAAUGUAACGUAGAAAAUCAUGGUUGGUGAGCAAAGCUAUAUUAUUAUUAUUAUUAUUAUCAUAGCGGUGACUUGAAUCUCCUUCGUAUGCCACAAAAUGUAAUAUAAUUUUGCAUCUUGCUAAUUAUUGAAUAAUGUUUUUUUCCUAUUA